AUGGGCAGCCAAAGAACCCCAUCAUCCGGGUACCGACCGCCUCCUACCCGGCCUCUUGCCUCAGUUUCCAGAACCCAGGAUGGCCCUGCAGCAAGCAGGGGUCUUGCUGGUGGCUGCCAGGGUACCGCAGCCCAGGGUGUACAGCAGGACCAGCUGUGGAGGGAGCUUGUGGAAGCCGAAGUUCGAGGCCAGCAGCGUUGGGCUGAGAAUUGGGGUUUUCUGAAAGACUGCGACCCUUUGGGAAAUAAGAAGGAGCCUGAGAAGCUCCCUGAAGACGUGCCCUUCUUCUCAGACACACUCCCCAGCUCCACGAGCCGGGAGGUGGGCAGUAGGGUGGACACGGCCCUGGGGAGAGCCCUCAUCCACAUGGAUUUCUUCUUCACGGAAGGCACGCGGAAGAAGAAGCUGGAGGAUGGGCUGCAGCCAUUGUAG